AUGGCGUUCUCAGAGCUCUUGGAGCGAGCUGGGGGCGUGGGCCUCUUCCAGGCCCUGCAGGUCUUCACUCUCCUCCUCCCCUCCGUCUUGAUACCCACCCAAAUGCUUCUGGAGAACUUCUCGGCUGCCGUGCCUGGCCACCGCUGCUGGGAGCAGGUGCUGGACAAUAGCUCCGAAGUCCCUGCAAACCUUACCCCUGAGGCCCUCCUGGCCAUCUCCAUCCCACCAGGCCCCAACCAGGAGCCCCACCAGUGUCGCCGCUUCCGCCAACCUCAGUGGCAGCUCCUGGACCCCAAUGCCACAGCCACCAACUGGAGUGAGGCUGCCACGGAACCGUGCCUGGACGGCUGGGUCUAUGACCGCAGCACCUUCACCUCCACUGUUGUGGCCGAGUGGGACCUGGUGUGUGGCUCUGAGGGCCUGAAGCCCAUGGGCCAGUCCAUUUUCAUGGCCGGGAUCCUGGUGGGAGCCUUCGUCUGGGGCCUUCUCUCCAACUGGUUCGGACGGAAGCGGAUGCUGAGCUGGUGCUGCCUGCAGGUGGCCGUGGUGGGCACCAGCACCAUCUUGGCCCCGAAUUUCCUCAUCUACUGUGGGCUCCGGUUUCUGAGCGCUUUUGCAUUGGCUGGCAUCAUCCUGAGCUCGACAACACUGAUGGUGGAGUGGACCACAACCCCUGGGAGGGCUGUCACUAUGACAAUCCAGGGAUGUACGUACAGCGUAGGCCAGACGGCGCUGGCCGGCCUGGCCUUCGCUCUGCGGGACUGGCGAGACCUCCAGCUGGCCGUGUCGGUGCCCUUCUUUGCAGUCUCCCUAAUAUCCUGGUGGCUGCCAGAAUCUGCCCGAUGGCUGAUUAUCGUCGGCAAACCAGACCAAGCACUUCAGGAACUCAAAAAGGUGGCCAGGAUAAACGGCCACAAGGAAGCCAAAAAGACACUGACCACAGAGGUGCUGAUGUCCAGCAUGGAGGGGGAGGUGGCCUCCGCAAAAGCCCACCGGUCAGUGCUGGACCUGUUCCGUGUGCCCGUGCUGCGCUGGAGGAGCUGGGCCAUGCUGGUGGUAAAUUUCUCCAUAAUGGUCUCCUACUAUGGGCUGGUGCUGGACCUGCAGAGCCUGGGGCGUGACAUCUUCCUCCUCCAGGCCCUCUUCGGAGGCAUAGACUUCCUGGGCCGGGCCACCACUACCUUCCUGCUCAAGUUCCUCGGCCGCCGCAUAAUCCUGGCCAGUUUCCAGGCCAUGGCUGGCUUCUCCAUCCUGGUCAACGUGCUGGUGCCACAAGAUUUGCAGACUCUGCGUGUGAUCUUUGCAGUGCUGGGAAAGGGAUGUUUUGGGAUAAGCUUGACCUGCCUCAGCCUCUACAAGACUGAACUCUUCCCAACUCCACUGCGGAUGACAGCAGAUGGCUUGCUGCAGUCGGUAGGCCGGCUGGGAGCUAUGAUGGGUCCCCUGAUCAGGAUGACUCACCAGGCCCUGCCCCUGCUGCCUCCGCUCUCCUACGGAGUCAUCCCCAUCGCAUCCAGCCUGGUGCUCCUGCUUUUUCUCCCAGAGACCCAGGGUUUUCCACUCCCCGACACUAUCCAGGACCUGGAGAGCCAGAAAUCAGCAGCAGCCAGAGGUGGUCAGCGUGAGGUGGUCAUUACAGAAAGCACCUGGUUCUAG